ACCCAUUGAUUCCCAUCCCAUCCACAACCAAACAAAGAAGUACCUUAAAUCACCUCUGAAAUGUCCAAAAUGCCCAUGAUUCAGARAAAAAGCUCCAAACAGAACAGUAGCUUUAGCUGAAUGACACCCACAAAUGAAAAGCUGAAAAAUGCCCACUGCCAUGAUUCAUAGAAACUCCAAAGAGAACCAGUGUAGUAGUGUAGCUUUAGAGAGAGUGAAAUGACAAGAACACCCUCAAAUGGGAAGGUGAGAUGACCAAAAUGCCAUCAAGGAACCAGCCACCAUUGUGAUGACCAGUGAAGUGGCAGGAUUCCAAGAAACAGAGGAUGAAGCAGGGAGGGAGGCAGUUGGUGAGAUGGACAUGGUGUUGGGACCAUAAGUGGCCAUGUCAUCAGGGUUAGGUGGGCUAGGGCUAGAUGGGAUGGUGGGCAGUGAAGAUUCAGUAGGUGAAAGCUGGGUUCCACUGGGUGAGGAAGGAAAGAGUGGGGUGAUGUCAGGAGAUGAAGCAGGAGAAGGAGAAGCCAUUGGUGAUGAUGGUGUGAUGAUUGGAAGCAAUGCAGGAGCUGCUGAGAUGCUGCUAUCAGAUGGGAGUGUUUGUGCAAAUGAUGAUGAGAAUUGGAAAGAAAAGAACAGGAGGCAAAAGGCCAUAUGAAUUGAUGAUGCCAUUAAAUGAUGAGUGAAUUCAAGAAUCAAGAAUCAAUAAUCAAGAAAGUGUGUGUGUGUGUGUAAUUAAUGUGUGUGUGUUUUGGGGGAGAGAGAGAGAGAGAAUGUGUGUGGAAGUAGGAAAAGAGAAGGGUGAUGAGAAGGGGUUAUGUAAUGAAUGUUGGAAUGAUUGAUUGAUCAAAGG